AUGCUUUACCUCUCCCAAUUUGCCAUCCUCGGCCUAGCCACCAUUUCCCUAGCGCACCCGGGCGAGCACCACAGCCGCAACGACAUUCACGAACUGGCCAAGAGGGAGUUCAAAGUCGCCGCCCGCCGCGGCCUUGAAGCCUGCGCCGGUAAGCUCGAGGCCCGCGGAUACCAUACCGAGGCCGCCUCCCGCCGGGCUGCCAAAGUCGAGACCCUCCGCCACCGCCGCGGCCUUCUUCCGUCCAACAGCAACAAACGUGACGCUGUCGACGUCGACGCCAAGUCUCACCUGUCGACCGCUGGCUACACCUUUGAUACCCCUGAAUCGACCCUCUUCGCCAGCAACGGCACCUGCAUCCUGAACCCCGAAGGCGAAACGGGUCCCUUCUACGUUAAAGGGGAACUGAUCCGCGAAGACCUCACCGGCGGGGAGCCCGGGGUUCCCAUCACCAUCGAAGGCCAAUUCAUCGACGUCGAGACAUGCGAGCCCAUCACAGAAAUAUGGUGGGACGUGUGGAACUGCAAUUCCACCGGUGUCUACUCAGGGGUCCAAUCCAUGGGUAACGGAAACAGCAACGACGCGAGCAACCUCGAUAACACAGCCCUGCGCGGCAUCGGCAAGGCCGACGAGUACGGGGUCGUGACGUUCGAUUCCAUCUUCCCGGGCCAUUACAGCGGUCGGGCGACGCACCACCACAUCGUCGCUCAUCUCGACGCCACUGUGCUCGAGAACGGGACGCUGACGGGCGGGACGGUGGCGCAUGUGGGACAGCUAUUUUGGGACCAGGAUUUGAUUACGGCGGUCGAGGCUACGGCACCGUAUAAUACGAAUUCGAUCGCUGUUACCGAGAAUAUCGAUGAUCGGGUGUUCUACACUGAGACGGAUGGGACGGAGUCGGACCCGGUGUUUGAGUAUGUGUAUGUUGGGGAUGAGCUGGCCGAUGGGCUGUUUGGGUGGAUCACGAUUGCGGUGAAUAGUUCGGCUACGUAUGACCCUAAGUACAGCUUUACGUUAACGGCGAAUGGGGGUGUGGCGCAGGGGGGUGGGACGGGGAUGAAGGCUUGA